GGUCAUGUGAUAGGAGUUAAAUUACCAUCGUAAGAUUCAGUUGCACAUAGACCGUUUGAAGCAAGAUGUAUUCAUAAAAAUGCAUCAGACAGAUAUAUAAUAACUGGAUUUAUUUGUGAUGUUCUGUCUGUGGAUAAUUAAUAUAUUGUGUCUACAACUGCUAAAUGCACAGGUUGACUGUGAAUCCAAAUCUUAAAGAAGUGCUGAUACCUGCUAACAAGUACAUGGACUCUGAUCUGGACAAGACAGUUUGAUAACCGUUACUACAACUACAGGACUUCUGAUCUAGCUGCUUCAGAAAUGUCGACAUAUUCACUUCUUACUCUUUAACCUAGUGUACGUGCGUAGAGUCAUGUACACUGUUUACGGAAAGUUUCGUUGCCAUUUAUGUAUCAAAAGGAGCGCUAUCAAAGACAGCUUUCUGUUAAUUUAUGUGACCUAGUGUCCCUAAGUUUUCAUUAGCAAGUUUAUUCUAUAACUGUUGAUGACAUAGUUGUGUGCUGAUAAUUGAUACUUUGAACAGAGAUAUAAAAGUAAUUUUGUCUACGAACUGUUCAAAUAGUUUGAUGCGGGACAUGAAAUUACAAUUUUUGUCUACAGCAGGACACUAAUACCAAUAUUUAUAUUUAUUACUAUUAAAACAAUUUUCUGCGUGAAGUUUAAUAGGCAACAAAUAUAGCAUAAAUUCGGCUGGUCCCAGUAUGACCAUGUACAAUGAUACAUAUGGAUCACCUUGGCCAGGAAACCAACCACCACAUAGAUGGUUCAGUGCUGAUUGUUAUGCAGGGAUUAACAUGGCAGAGCGGCAUCAGCGGGAUGACUUCAGUCUGUGGCCGCCUGUACAGGUCAGUUCUGUUUAUGCUGGUUCCCCAGCAACUGAUGCUCACAGCCCAAUGUCAUCCACCGUAACAGCUGAUUUGUUCAAAUGGAAAGCUGCCAAUCCAAACAGCCAUGUAAAUCCAGAUUAUAGCAACAUUACGUCAGAUGCUAUGAACAACAAUAUACAUGAUUCAGUACGCCACGGAAGCACCAGCAGUACAGGGAGUUACCGUAGCAAUGGUGCUCCAAGUGGAGUGAAUAGUCCAACAACUCCACAUCCACACAAUGGCACGAGUGGACCCCCUUUGGUGAUUCCACAACCAGUAAAACCGGCACAGAGUAAAAUUGGGAGCAAAACAUAUCAGUGUAAAAUGUGUGAUCAGAUUUUCUCUUCAAAGUCAGACAUGUUGAUACAUUGUCAGCAAAUUCAUAAAACUGAAAUGAAGACCUACAGUCCAUCUGCAUUUAGAUGCCCCCAGUGUCAGAAGUGUUUUGCCAAUUCAUCGUAUUUGUCGCAGCACAAUCGUAUCCAUGCUGGAAUAAAGCCAUAUAAAUGUGAAAUUUGUGAGCGCAAAUUUACCCAGCUGUCACACCUGCAGCAGCAUAUACGUACACAUACUGGCGAAAAGCCGUACAAAUGCCACCACUCUGGUUGUGGAAAAGCUUUUUCUCAACUGUCAAAUCUUCAGUCACACUCUAGAAGUCACAUGACGGAUCGACCAUAUCGCUGCAACUCGUGCUACAAAUGCUACGCAGAUGAGGCCGGUCUGAGGGAGCAUAUACCGAAACACAGCGAAACGAAACAUAUAAAGACGCAAAUUUGUAAAAUUUGUGGAAAGGCAUACACGCAAGAGACUUACUUGGCACGGCAUAUGUUAAAACAUACAGGCGAAAACGCAAAGUUACAACAAGGCCAACGGGCGCCCGUCAAGCAAGAACCAUCAGAUCAUUCCAGUUUAGAAUCAGCUGUCGACUUCACAAGAAUUUUGGAUCGUGUAGAUAGAGCUCAAGAAAAUGCAACGCCAGCAUUAAAAAGUCCUGGUUCAUCGGUGUCAUCAGCAUUUAUGCCGUUAGCUCAGUUCGGCACGACCAGCUCAAAUAAUACAGCAUAUCCGUAUGGAUCGGGGCUAAAUUCGGGACUUUCUUCUGCAUUGUCGUCUAGCAAUUUAAGCCCCUCCCUGCCACAUAUAUCAUCGAUGUCGAAUCCACGAUACUUUCCCUAUGACCCAUUAGGGUUUAGAAAAUCGGAUCCAGUUGACAGGUUGGUCAGUGAACGUCUUGUCAACGAUAGACUCGUAAACGACCGCUUGGUCAAUGAUAGAUUGGAUCGAAAUAUGAACAUGCCUAUGACAACUAGGCCAGAUAGUAUGUUAGCUAAUAGUUUCUUAAGUUUGCAGCAUAUCAAAAAUUAUGCUUCCCAGCAGAUGCCACCAUCUUUCUCCCCUUGUCCAAGUAAUUCAAGGUUAACUUAAGCUCAGCAUCAUGUGAUUGCUAUUUAUAGAAUUUCUAUUUUAAGACUUUAUAGGGAAACUUAGUUUCUUUUUUUAAAGUUAAAAUGCCAAAAUGUGCUGUGCCAAGUGAAAAGUUCCAUUGUGGGUUAAUGAUUUAAAAAAGAAAUUAUGUCUCUGCUAUUACAGAUAGUUUUGAGUGCAUGUGUUUUUCAAAUAUAAGAUUUUAUUUGUUGGUUCAUUACAGCAUGAUUCUGUCAGAAAUUAGAAAUCUAUUAAGACUGUUUUAUUUCAUUUGAGUAAGGUACAAACAUUUUUAUUGAAAAUAACUAGUAAAUGGAGAGAUUGCUUGAAAUGUUUAGAUAAUAUCUAAUACUGUGAAUAAAGAAGUGGUCCAAAUUUAAUUGUUAAGACUGACCACAGUUACAUUGCAGUUUAAAACCCUUACCAUGCUAGACAUGAUUGGUUCUGCCUUUGCGACCAGUGUAGAUCAUGAUCUGCUCUGUUCGCUAUUCAGUCAGUAUCUUUUUUGGUAUGCACCCCUUUUAACAGUUAAUGGUACUGUCCAAAUUGGAAGAUGGACAAGUUCAUUAUAGAAAUUUAGCAGGGUAAGGUUUAACUAUACCGCAGCAAAUAUUUAUUCACCAUAUAAUUAUAAAUUAUUUUAUAUAAUAGAAAAAAAUUCAAUUCUAAUUUGAUGGAAGCACGCUUCAUAACUGAGGGUAUUACAUCAUAAGGGUUUCUUUUAGCUUGGCACAGAUCAAUAUCCUGAAAUUUCAUGAAUAUUUCAUGCAUAUGUCAUGCAUAGUUAGCUCAUCUGCAGAGUCUUUGAACUGGGGCAUGUUUAGUCAAAAACUGUUAUUGCAGUAAAUCGAACAGAAAUGUUCAUAAAUAUUUUUCUCUACACAGAUUUUCACUGAACAUAAAUUUUCAGAAAUGGCUCUGUAGAAAAGUAGGUCAAAGCAGCAUUUGAAAAACUUUGCCUUUAUUUUUCAUUUUUUACCAUACCUUCAAAGUUUGUGAUGUUCUGAUAUAUUACAGUGGUGCAAGUUUGAUUUGAAACUAAAGUGUUGAAGUUAUUUUUGUCAGAAAUGUCAUUUUAUGAAAUUACCUAGCUCAAGGUACAUGUAUAUAUAAGAGAAAAAAAAUAUUAUUUUAUUUAGUGGAAUUAUUGGCAAAAAGGAUCUGUGUCCUGACAUCCUGGGAACGAGUGUUCACCCUCUGGUACUUGAAAAGACUUUGAAAAUGCAUGUUAAAAAUAACUUAUGGCAUAAUGGUGAUUUAUUUAUCUUCUUGCAUAAAUUUCUCUCUUAAUCUCUCUCCUUGCACAGUAAAUCAGUCGUUUGAAGGAGUAAAUCAUAAAAUUUUUAUACAAAAACUUAAAUCCACUGUGCGAAAAUAAAUGCUGAUGGAUUUACGAUGUUUUAGUUUGGCCAAUAUUCAUGAAAGUGGUUCUCAUGAAUGGAAAAAUGCCAUCAACUCUAGAAUAUAAACCAGCAUUGGCCCAAAAACUUUAACCAGCUUUAAUUCUUAAGGAAAAGAACAAAUCUUUUAGCUUUCAGAUCACAAAAUAAAAGUUGCGUGAACAAGACUAAGUUUACAGUACGAGCUAGCACAAGGUACAGGAUUUUACUACAGUUAUAAAGCAUGUCAUAUCUGUUCUUCAAAAAUCUCUUGAGUUAUGUUUGGUCGCUUUUCACCGAGACAAAAACUUCUCUCUUUUUUUCUUGUCGCUUUCAGAGAUAUAAAUUGCCAAUAAAAGUAGUUCCUAUUAAAGGAAUGUCUUGCACAGCAAGAAGCUGACCUUACUGCUGUUCUCUGAAAAUCAGAAAAUCAUGGAAGUAUUUUUUAGGUCACAUUUCUGCCGAUAGAAAUAAGAAAAGGAUCUUUUUAGGUGUUUUUUUGAGCAGACCAGUAAACUUUUAGGAUUAUCUCACAGACUGUUUAUUGUAGCUUUCUGAUUGGCUAACAACUCGGGUAUUUUCCGAAGGUGAUGACAUAAUGUUACUGUUGCUGAGAAACAGGACUUUAGGGUUACAUGCUAAAACUGAUGUUUUUAAAGAACAGCUCUGGUGCACAGUGAUGUUUAUUUUGAUGUUAUUUUCAACAGAAAACUAGAAAUAAUUUAUCUAUAGUGCUAGUUAGGUCAGUAUUAUGUAUAGUUAAAUGUUUAAGUAGAUGUUGCUUAUUGUGAGUGUAUUAUUGACCUAUGUAACGGAGAAGUGAACCAGUUGUAGCAUUGUUAAACAGGUUCGAAAAAGCAAAAAAACUAUUUUUGAAUGUUGUUGAAUAGAUGUGAAUAUUUGAGAUGUUUGUUGAAUUUGUGUAAAACUGUUACAACUUUUUAAAGAAAUGUACAAAUUUUGGUUGUUCUAUGAUAAGAUUGUUCAUUUCCAUGUUGAUCUUGGCUUCCUCUUUGGUGUGCUGAUGAAUUCUCCAAGUCAGGUAAUGUUUAUGCGUGUACUCAAUACUUCUUUUGCUCAUAUGGAUAAUAUUUUAUAUAAAGUGCUGUUACUAUGGGGACAAUGUUUUAUAGUGCUGUUACCAUGGGGACAAUGAUGAUGUUGUCUUGAGAAUUUGCUGAUUAUGCAAAAUUUUUAUAAAGUUCAGGAUUUUUAACAUUUUAUGAGGAGUUGUUUUGCUAGCUCGAUAAACAGAGCUUGAAACAUUCAAGUCAGCUCAAUAGAAAGAGCUUCCAGUGUUUGAUUUGGGGUUGGCAGAGAUGGACAGAAGUUGGCAGGAGACUGGAGGGAAAUUAAGACUGAUUCAUUAGAAGGAAUACUCGUGUUCUGUAACUCUGUACGAUUGUUCUUCCUAGCAUCUUUAUUUCCAUUUAAGGGGAGCGCACCAAUGAGGUCAUGGUUUCAAGCCCCACUGGGGUAACAACCAGACCUCAAAUAACUUCAGUACUGGUUUUUCUCAGAAGAGGAGACUGGAGAAUGAUUAACCCUUACCCUGCUAUAUUUCUAAAAUGGACUGGUCCAUCUUUCAAUUUGGACAGUAGCAUUUAUUAUUCAGAGGGGUUUGCACUGAAAAUUUACUGACUGAAUAGCAAACAGUGCAGACCAUGAUCAGACUGCACUUGCUGUUCUUGGUCUGCACUGGUCGCAAAGGCAGAAUCAUCUGCCGCCAGCUGGCUAAGGGUUAAAAUAAGUUUUCAAGUUUUCAUCACAAUGAAGCAAAGAUAAAUGAGUAUAAACAUUUCCCCUCCUUGUUGAGAAAGUGAUACUUGGUUAAAAAAUAAGAAACAGUUGCAAAGAUUCUGUAAUUGCACAUCAUUGCAUAAUCAAAUCAAUUUACUAUUUUUGACUUUUAAAAGUAUUUUUUCCUUGGUAUUCAAACUUUUCAGAACCUCUCCUGGUUUUGGUCAUUAAAUGGAAUGUCUGUGUACAAACAUAAAAUGAUCCACUUGCUGGUUUGUAGUUGUCAUUGAUUUUAGAGGGUGUCAGUGUAUCAAAUCAGAUAUACCCCUACCUUGGGAGCAAAAUAUAAUACUCCAUGAAAGAACAUGUACAUAUUUCUUGAUGCAAAGCUUGUCAUCUUUUCAUUAUAUACCCAUUUGACUUAUAAAUGAUAUACAGUUGAAAGCUGAUUGGGUAAGAUUGCAAGGGGAUGAUAGAUGCAAAAUGACCACAGUUUUUAGCAAUCCAAACAAAAGAUAGAAAGAAAACGUCCUAAGACUACAUGAAUUGCUCUAGCCAGCAUAGGUGCUUGAGCAACCAAUUCUUGACCUGUACCUUUAUUCUUAAACUUUAAUAAAAGUUGAAAAUAUGGGAGUUAAUAAAAUUUUUAACACAGUGACACACACUAAAAUGACAUCUCAAUUGACGCCACCCACCAAAUGUGAAAUUUACACAUAUUUUUUGCAAAAACGCUAACAUGAAAGGUUUCACUGUAACUUCACAAAGUUUAAAAUGAAUAUGUAAUAAUCCUCAUUGUGGAAAAAAUAACAAAUGAGUUAUGCCCAAGUUUGAUGAGAAUACAUGAAACAGAAGAAAAUGGAGAUCCUUUUUAGAGCAAGCAGAAUUUUCAGAUUUUAAGCUUACCCGAAACAAUUGAUCUGUGUAACCUUUAUCCAUGUAUCUUUAAAGCAUUUAGUUGCAUCAGUUGUUUCAAACCAGUCUGUGGGAAUGAAAAGUUUUCAGAUGUUAUCAUUAUUUGUGCUCAUUAAAAGUGCCAAAGAUAUAUGUGCUUCAUUCAUUUUAAAAAUGGAUUUUUUAUAUCUUUUCUUUGAAAUUUUAAAUAUGUUUUUAAGUUGUGUUUCUAUUCGUUUAUUUUGACCAACUAAAAAGAGUGCUAACCUUUUUUACUUUAGGGGACAUGUCUGUCUGGUGUUGGAAUGUAGCAAUUAUUUUAGGGGUUUCCGGACAAAAGUUGCAUCAUUAUUACUUCUCACUAUUUACUGAUGUUACUUGGAAAUGAACAUUAUAUGAUAAAGGUAGAAUGGGUCAGUCCAUAGAUGGAAAUAGGUUGCAAACAUGUGCAUGCACCCUGUAGAAUAACCCAUCUUUGAAAUGGACUCUUCCCCUGUAAUACUUUUGUCUGUGUAUGAAAGGGAUUGUUCAUGUAAUAUAUGUAGGUUGUUGUGUUUUUAUGGAGUGUAUUAGCUCACUUGUCUUUUUGCAGAUAUGAUUUGUAAUUAAACAAUUGUUUAAGAGAUAUAUUUGAUUAUUAAAAAUUUUAUUGUGUUAUAGACUUCUGAUAUUGUGAAUAGGGCCUUCGUAAAUUACGGCUCAAACCACUGUUCCCGCUAGGGAAGGUGGCUAAAAUUGUACAGAUUUUGUUGAAUUUACAUAUGAUUAUUAUUGUUUUUAUGACCUGCACAUAUAUAUGUAUACUGUAUUAAGAUGUAAACAUUGUAACUGUUCCUAGUGAUGUAGACAAAAAAAAUGUGCUUAUGAGUUUUCAUUGCGUCAUGCCUUGUUCACACGAGACUUUUUUCAUUUCAAAUCAGGCCCUGUUCACACUAGACUUCUCGGUUUUGGAAGAAAACAAGAAACAAUAUGUUAUUUAUUAUUAUUUUUAGCAGUUUGUUUUGUUAUAAAACAUCCAAUGAGAGGGAAUUCCUAAAACGAUUAAUUAUCAGAACCUUGAUUUUAAAGUAAUUUCUUGUGUGUGAAUCUUACAAUUGAGAAUUUUAAUGAAAUAAGGGCCAGUUGUUUAGUCUUCAGUAAGGUAACAGAAAUUAACGAAUACAUGUUCUUGCAGGAGACCCAAGGUUCCGGUGAAAUUUGCAAAUGGUGGGUAAAAACAAAAAAGUCCAAGUACAUAUGAGCCGUGCCAUGAGAAAAUCAACAUAGUGCUUUUGCGACCAGCAUGGAUCCAGACCAGCCUGCACAUCCACGCAGUCUGGUCAGGAUCCAUGCUGUUCACUUUCAAAGCCUAUUGCAAUUAGAGAAACUGUUUGCGAACAGUAUGGAUCCUGACCAGACUGCGCGGAUGUGUAGGCUGGUCUUGAUCCAUGCUGGUCACAAACGCACUAUGUUGGUUUUCUCAUGGCACGGCUCAUAUAAAGAAACAGGUUGACAAUUUUGCUUUUACCCCUCAAUAAAUGUCUUACAGAGAUAGGAAAAAAGUUUUCCUAUUAGGAGUUGUUACCUUAUGAUAGAUCACAUGUAUAUAGACCAUUAGAAUCAUUUGCUGAGAUGUCCAUUUAGAUAUUAGUACUCAUCUGGUAUCAGUUUUACAUUCAUACACUAUUUGCCAUAUCAUUCCAUUUGUGCCGACAUUGUUGUGAGUUGUACAUCGAUGAUUGCAGUGUUGCCAAAAUUUCACUCUGUUGUAGGGCAUAUUCUUUGUACUAGUUUUUCUAUUUCUGUAAUUAUGAAAUAGGGAUUAAGAGCUUUUAAGUUUUCCAGUUUUUUUUAAGAUACUAUUUUCUUCAAAAACAAAACAAAAUGCAGCAUGUAAAUAACAAACUUAUAUACCAGAGGCUAGCCCAGUUCACAUUUUAAAUUCAUAGUUUGCCAUCUUGUCAUCUUUCUCUCCUUUUUUAAAAAAGAUACAAGUAAAGGACAAUUGUUAUUGAUAAGGUGUUAAGAAAACAGUAAAAACAUACAAAAAACAUUUGUGUCUGUCUCUGUUACAAAGUUAAGUCAUUGCAUAGAUAAUACCGUCAUAAUUGUUUCUUUAUUUAAGUAACUGAUUUAUUAGUUUUAGUUUGGAACAGUACCUGCAGGUUAAAAAGAAAAGAAUACUGCUGUCUUUACAACAUGUUUUUGAAAUCAUGAAAUUUUAUAUUUCCGUUUUUGCUUUUAAACUUUAAAAAUUGAAGCUUUAAAUGGUUUCAAUGAAACUCUCAUUAGUAAGACUGUUCUUCACUUUUAUGGGUACUUACUGCCCUUAUCAGCCUCUCAGUGCUUUGAUUUCGCAUAUACUAUCACAGUGACUGCCAUAUUUACCUUACAUUUAUUCAUACCACUGCCUUAUUCAAGAAUUUAACAUUUAAAAUGUUGACGGAGUUUUCGAUCUCAGCAUAAUUAGUCAGGAAAAACAUCUUGCUAACACAGUGUACCCUGGCUUAGUAAAUUUAUAUUUUUAAUUAGAUUAGAUAGUAUUACAUUGAUUUACCGCUAAUAUGAUUUCAUUUUAUUUAUUCUGUUCUGAUCUUUUAACAUAAUCAUACUGAUUUCUUAUCAACAGAUUAACUGUUUUAAUGAAAGUAAAUAUUUUUUUAUUAUCUCCCUUUAGUAAUUAUGUAAUUUAUUAAACAAACAAGGCUUUUGCAUAGUUUAUCGUUAGAUAUACCAGAGUUCAGAGGUCAGAAAUGCAGGAAUUAUCCAAGUAUCUGAAUGAUGAAGUAUGGUAUGUCAGAAUGAUAAACCACAAGAAGGCAUUUAUUAUUUUCAUUUUAACAUGCUCGUAGAAUUUUUAGAUAGAAAUUAUGCAUAUCUAUAUUCAUCAUGUGGUAUUAAGUCAUGCAGCAAAAUUUGAACAUCAUAAUGGUUUCUGACUGAUCUAGCUGUCCGACCCAUUCAUUUAUUAAAAAGACUUUUACAUUUCCAAGUCACGAUAAAAUGUUAUGUGAAUCUCUUAUAGUGGUAACAAUAAAAUUGAAAGUAGAAAAUUCAAUUCUCAAAACAAAGUAACUAAAAUUAACGAAGUUUUUGCUUCCCAAAGAUAUAUAUCCAAUUCUACAGUAAUUGAAAAACAAAUCAAGCUUUGUACAAUCUGUCUUUUAUAAAAUACCUUCACAAGAACUGUCUUGUCUGAUUUUAGUAGUUAUGCAAUAAACAGAAGCAAUUAAAUAUGUAAAUUUUAAUUCCACGGCUUGAAAUAAAAUAUUACGGUCAUCAUUGUAACAGCAGUAGAAGUGUGUGCCAUAGAAAUGUUAAAAUUAAAAGAUUGAUAUAUAGAAAUAUUUUGAUUCGCAUAUUGUAAAAUUCUAUUUAUUAAAAGCAGACCUUUUUUAAUUUCGGUGACAGCUUUCAUAAAUUUACAUUUUUAAAAAUAUUUAUUGAAUAAAUGUACAUGCAGAUUAAAUAUUCGUACCAUGUACAUUGUAGUGUUUUGUGUUACCACUUUUUGCAUAGAACACGAACAUUUUUUGCUACAGAUGAUUUUAACUUGGCACAAAUUAUCUCCCCUGACCAUCAUUUUGGAUGUCUGGUAAAAAAUCUGCUGCAGAUUUGAUUUUGCUGAUUUAUAAACCUGUCUAGAAUUUAUGUAUCGGUUAAGGGAGAUAAUUAUUACAAAUAACAGAAAAUGUCUAAUAACAUUCAUGCUUAUUCUCUAUAGAACUAAUGUUAUCAUUUUUUCAUUUUAUUGUGUUAGUAAGUUAUUUCCCUCGGACAUUUCGAGGCAGACACUGCUUUUAUCAGACCAGGUUGCCUUGGUGUUUUUACAUACAACUGUAAGACAUUCACCAGUAAACUUCCUCUUUCGACUUUUUUGUAAUUGUUAGACAAAAAGAUUUGUUCAUCUGUCAUAUGAAUGGGACUGAAAAAAUAGGGACCUGUUUUAUAAAUGUUCCAUCUUCUUCCUGCAAUUUAACAAAGUUUUUAUGCCCCCAAAGGGAGGCAUAUUAGUUUUCAACUGUCCAUCCAUUCGUUAGUUUGUUCAUUUGUCACAAUGUUAACUUUUUGCAUGAAGGCACUUUACUCGCGAACCACUGCACCCAGGACCUUCAAUCUUCACAUGCAUGUAGUUAUUGAGUCCACGAGCCCUACUGACUUUGGGGUCACCAGGUCAAAGGUCAAGGUCAAAGGUCAAGGCGCUGCGGGGGCAUUUGUCACCAUUAGUGACAGCUCUUGUUUUAUAUUAUUUUACAUAUGAAGAACAUUUUUCUGACUUGUAUCACUGAUAAGAAGUUCUGUCAGUUUGGUAAAAUUUGUUAAAAAAUUAAAACUCUGUUUGCUUAAACUUGAAUAAUUCGUACACCACCCUUUGCUCGAAUUUGUCAUCGGGUCCCGGCAAAAUCCCUGCAUAAUGUGUUUUGUUCGAUGACCUGAACUAUCAAGAACUCAAAUAAAUUUUGCUGGUCCUGACGUGUUUGAGCGAACAGUGUUCGACUGUAUGUCACUAAUUUUUUAAGAAUGAAAAUAUACCAAAGCAACAUGACCUGACUGUAUGGUUUGUGCAAUCUAGUAUAUGUACCAUCUAUGAUGCUUGUUUUGUACUAAUUCUAGGUGCAGCUUUUCACAGGAAUUCAUUUUAACCUGUCUAAAUAAGGAAUAUUGUCAUCAUGUAUAUAGUAAUCAGAAAAUCAUUUUAAUUUUUUUCCCCCAUUAGGUUCAAAAUCAGCAUUAUCUUUUCUUUCUUGAAAAGAAAGUUUGUUUGUUUGUUUUUUCCCCCAAUUUUUUCAUUCCUUUGGAGUUUUUAAAGCUUUCUUCAGUUCAUUUAUUGUUUACAUGAAUUCUGCUGUAAAUCAGAAGCUAUUUGACUUGACAUGGUCGUAUUGUUUUUCUUAGGUUGUGAUUCAGCUAUGAUUUUUAUGUAAAUCAAUUAAGUCAAGAAUAAAGUGAAUCAAUUAAGAUUCAA